GGACUAGGCCUAGCAUGCGCACGCGCCAAGGAGGUGGAGCAAAGGGUGGCUCCUGAGGCUCCGCCCACCCCACAGGACUGAGUAGUGUUGGUCUCUGGACCCUAGUUGUUUUGCUGCCCAGGCAGUUGACUACAUCCCAGAUGGCGUCGGAUUCCGGGGACGGUGGGACCAUGUGCGCGCUGGAGUUUGCAGUGCAGAUGACCUGUCAGAGCUGUGUGGACGCGGUGCACAAGACCCUGCAAGGGGUGACAGGUGUCCAGAGUGUGGAGGUGCAACUGGAGAACCAAAUGGUGUUGGUGCAGACCACUCUUCCCAGCCAGGAGGUGCAAGCACUCCUGGAAAGCACAGGGAGACAGGCUGUACUCAAGGGCAUGGGCAGCAGCCAGUUACAGAACCUAGGAGCAGCAGUAGCCAUUCUGGAGGGCCGUAAUGCCAUACAAGGCGUGGUCCGCUUCCUACAGCUCACCUCUGAGCUCUGCCUGAUUGAGGGAACCAUUGAUGGCCUGGAGCCUGGGCUGCAUGGAUUCCAUGUCCAUCAGUAUGGGGAUCUCACAAAGGAUUGCAAUAGCUGUGGGGACCAUUUUAACCCUGAUGGAACAUCUCAUGGGGGCCCUCAGGACGCUGAUCGGCACCGGGGAGAUCUGGGCAACAUCCUGGCUGAGGCUGAUGGCCGAUCCACCUUCCGGAUAGAGGAUAGACAGCUGAAGGUGUGGGAUGUGAUUGGCCGCAGCCUGGUUAUUGAUGAGGGAGAAGAUGACCUGGGCCGGGGAAACCAUCCCUUAUCCAAGAUCACAGGGAACUCUGGCAAGAGGUUGGCCUGUGGCAUCAUCGCACGCUCUGCUGGCCUUUUCCAGAACCCCAAGCAGAUCUGUUCCUGUGAUGGCCUCACUAUCUGGGAGGAGCGAGGCAGGCCCAUUGCUGGUGAAGGCCGAAAAGACUCCUCACCCCAGCCCCCUGCUCACCUCUGAUCAGGGCCUCAUCUCGGGUUAUUUUGUCCCCCUGGCUGAACAUCUACCUGCAGAGGUAACAGGGUAGAGCUUGCUGUAUUCUUAGCAAAUUAAAUUGUUAUUUUCCUAUAGCA